AUGAACGGAGAUGGUAAUCAUCAUACCAUUUACCUAGCACCAACUGCUCAGCCAGCAGUUGCUUCAUCACCAAUACCAAACAUAAUAGAGAGUAUCGUCAACAACAACAACAAUAGUAGUAAACAACAACAACAACCAACAUGUAUACCAAUGGUUGUUAUUGACACUGUUGAGAACAACAACAACUCAACAACAACAACAACAACUAGCGCAAGUGUCAAGAUGUCGAUGCAACAAUCGAUAAGUAGGACUUCAACACCACCUUUAUGUGUAUCCAAUGUUAUGAAUGCAUCGACUACAAGAACAGACAUUGUGCUGCCUUUGGUGUACUGGGCCGGUGCGCCCACUCACAUCGUCACAAGCAUCCUCAUCACUCCAGACAAGUCCACAGUGAUCACAGGUUCACAGAAUGGACACAUUGUAAUCUCAUCAGUAUCAAUUGAACAACAACUUCAACAGCAACAGCAACAACUACAACUUCAACAACAGCAGUUCACUCCACGAAUAUUUACAUUGGGUCAUAAUGGAGUGGCCGUCACAUGUUUGGCAAUGUGUGAGGUUGAGGACCAUGAGGCUGUGGUCAGCACAGGCGCAGACGGCUCAUUGUGCGUAUGGAACAUCAGUGAUGGAUACUGUCUGAUUGCAUCGGUGCCAGCAUUCCUCCCCUGCUCGCCCUCAUGUAUGGUGUCACUGCCACACAACAAGCGAAUGGUGGCCAUUGUUGGCAAUGGAGCAAACAGCAUCUAUCUCGUUGAUGUACAGUCUUUGAAGAUCGUGGCCACACUCAAUGAUCAUAUCGAUUGGAUCACAAGUUUAUACUCGUGCACUACCUCUGAGGAUGCGACACCAUUGCUUCUCAGCGGGAGUCUGGACGGUACGAUUAGAUUCUGGUCACUGAACGAAGGAGAGUAUGAUUACUCAUUGCAAUCGAUCAUCCUGACACCUGGUGGCGAAGGCAACUGCGACCCCAACGAGGCACCUCUCUGCUUCGAGCUCUCGCCGGAUGGUAAAUCACUCCUCGUCAUAUCCAAGGCGCAUUGGUCUAUAUUCUCAACAUGUAACACUCACAAGUUGAUGUCGAUCAAGUGCCCUUCAUCACAUGGUUGGUUUGGAGGCAAGUUCAUUGAUGACUCGACGUUGGUAUUGGCAUGGACUCGCGAUGGACGCUCAUUCCUUUACAGGCUGGACCAGUCCUAUGCAUGUCUCAAGACCUUCUCAAUGGGCUAUCCAAUGCCCUUGGACGGCACAUCACCAAUCAUCAUUCAAACACAAACAGACAACAUCUUGGCCAGCUCCUACACAUUCGACAAAGACAUGGAACUAUCCCAUCUAUCAUCAGAAGCUGCACCACCAACACUAUUGAUGUGCUUUGAUAAGCAACAAGAGUACUCAUCGGAUAACAUUACAAACAAGAUUGGUGCUGCAAUGUGUUGGGCAAACAUAUUCUUGACUGCUGAUGUGUUUGGUCAGGUGCGUAUAUGGGUCAUUCCACUCGAUAGCAAAGCAACUGGACGCACACCAAUAUGUCCACCAACAUUGGUUGGCAACAUAGCAGAUGGCUGGCGAGUAUCCGACAUUAACGAGCCAACAGUCACAGCGUCACUAGUCAUCGAGGACAUGAUGUUACUCAUCAGAGGAUACGACGAUGGCAGUAUAAGUACAUCUAAACUUCCAAUGGACAAUCAAACAAAGUUCUAUCCAGGAUCACAUAUUGGACGCGUCAAUUGUUUGAUGUGCUCACCUAGUAGUACGAAGCGACAUCUUUUCACAGCAUCCAAUGAUACAACAAUCAAGGUUUGGGAUCUGUCCACAUUCCGCUUAUUACACACAUUCUCUCAUCACACUGGUCCAGUCACCUCAAUCUUCAUACUACCACAGCCCAAGAAGAACACCCUUAUCUCUGUAUCCGAGGACAAGUCAAUUGGAAUGUACAGUAUGGAUGACUUACAAUGCAAACACAUAUAUGGCGUCCAUUCACUCACGAUCACUGGAGUGUAUUGGAGACCUGAGCAAGGAUACUUCAUCGUGGAGACUAUUGAUGGUUCGGUAUCGGUAUGGGUGAUUGCUUCGGGCGAGCUUGAAGGACGCGCCAAGGGAAAAAUGGCAAGAGACAUCAUUGAGAACGCCAUCCCACUGAGUAGCUCGACAACUCACCUUGACGAUCACUUCUUUGACGACUUCACCGAGCCAACUCAAUCAUUCGCAUUCACACAAAAAGAUGAACCACCUAUCCAGACUAUCUUUUUAAACAUCAAUGUGAUCUCUGAAGAGAUCAUCAAGUACACCGAUAUGCACGUCAAGUACAACUCAUCAUUCUCGGCUGUGGACGCUUCCCCGUCCACCGCGACAACAUCGCCCAUCUCCUUUGUUCAAGAGGAGCUCAAUCAACUGGUGUCAAUGUUCUCAUAUCUGAUACCAUGGGGCGUCAGCGCCAAGCUUGACGCCGUCUACGCAAACGACGUCCAUCUGGCGCCCCCCGAACCACGCUUCUCAUUCGGCCUGCUUGGCGAGGGCGGCAACCUCAGCUUCCUGACGCCCAAGGCCGCACGCAUGCAUGCCGCACUCCAAUGCUCCGACUUCCUCACAUCACAGAUCACACUGGCCGCCGUGGCCAUGAGCAGGACGAUACUGCGCGUGGGUGGCAUGGAGACUAUAUGCGGACAGCUCUUAACAUCGUACUGUGUGGACAUACCCGACUCGCUCACAUCAUACAUCUAUCCUGACCUGUCCUACCUGGCGUCCUUCUGUUUGAACAGCACCGACGACAUCAUGUUCUCAGCGCGUACCAUAUUCAAGGUUAGUGUAGAGCGCAUGCCAAUCGAGCAACUACAUGGUCUCAUUGAUUAUUAUACAAUACUAUCCAAUUGUGGAUCACUUGGUAUCUAUGAGAGAGACAGGAUAAUCAUAGUCUUGGCCAAGAUUAUAUCACAUCGAAAGGAAGACCUACAUCCAAAGAUUGGACAGGAACUACUUGCCCUGGUAUUUGGAAACAAGGAUCAUCCAGUGUAUUCAGCUGCCGUUGAAUUGAUUGGCAAGGGUUUCAAACUGUGGCGUGAUGGCAUCAGGGACCAGGUCCCUCAUCUCAUCAAGUGUCUAUUCACUCUGUCAAUGCAGAAUGAUCUACUCUCAAACAUUGCCACCAACUCUAUUUUACUCAUUGGAUCACAUGAUACAAUACGCUUCAUUCAAACUAUUGGCGAUGAGAUAGCACAUCAUGAAGCACAGGCGAUAUCCAGCACUGUCCAAGCGAUCAUAUUGAUUGGAUUGUUGAUCAAGAACAACGCCAACUCAGUCCUUCCAUUCUUGCCAAAUGUAUUGGACUGCAUUCUCAAGAGUCUAGAUCAACACAUGCCAGCGAUACGCGAGGCAUGUCUACGACACACCACAUCAGUGUUGCAUCUAAUGGUGCAGCGAUACCCCAUGAUGUCCUAUCACAACGAAUCGCAACGACUACUACUUGGCACAAUGGAUGGCGCCAUCGUCAUGUACGAUCUCAAAUCUGCAACGAUAUGCAAUCGACUUGAUGGACAUGAGCGAGCACACAUCACGGCACUAUCAUUCAAUGACAAUGGCAAAGAGUUUGCCUCAUUCAGUUCCAAAGAUUGCACACUCAAGAUCUUCCAGACCAACAGCAGCUUCUUUGGUCUACUCGGCUCCCAACUCAUCUGUACAAAGACUGUCAAGAUACCAAUGGAUGAGGUUGCAUCUAGGUCAUCGUCAUCGUCAUUGUCCGCAUCAUUGCCAUCAUCUUCGUCCUCAUCCUCCUCCAAUACCCCCAAUACCUCAGCAGCAUCUUCAACAUUAUCAUUAUCAUCAUCAUUAUCCUCAACGACAUCUGCGUCCUCUAGAAGACUUAGAGUUGAGAACACAAGAGUUCAAUGGGUGACACCAAUGCAGUUGUUACUCAAGACUGAUUCCAACAGCUUCACACUAGACAUUACAAGUAAUGGUGUAAGUUGUAGCAUUGUACAUUAA